AUGUCCACCACCACAACGACGACGACGACGACGAAUGCCCAGCCGAUCACGGCUGAGGCCAUGCUUCGCCUCUUCCCCGACAUCGACACGAGAUCGGAAGCUCUCACGGGCCACGAUGCCGAACAGAUUAGGUUGAUGGAUGAAGUCUGCAUCGUUCUUGACGAGAAUGAUAUUCCAAUCGGCACCGCGAGCAAGAAGAUUUGCCAUCUCAUGACCAACAUCGACAAGGGCCUCCUACACCGCGCAUUCUCCGUAUUCCUCUUCGAUGACCAGAACCGCCUCCUCCUGCAGCAGCGAGCUGAGGAAAAGAUUACCUUCCCCGACAUGUGGACCAACACCUGCUGCUCCCACCCGCUCAACAUCCCCGGCGAAACGGGCUCAAACCUCCCCGAUUCCAUCGAGGGCGCCAAGCGCGCGGCCCAGAGGAAGCUCGAGCACGAGCUCGGCAUCAACCCCGAGCAAGUUCCGAUCGAAAAGUUCCACUUCCUCACUCGCAUCCAUUACAAGGCUCCCAGCGACGGAAAGUGGGGUGAACACGAGAUUGACUACAUCCUGUUUAUCAAGGCCAAUGUCGACCUCAACAUCAACCCGAACGAGGUCAAGGACACCAAAUACGUCGCCGCCGACGAGCUCAAGGAACUCUUCAAGGACCCCUCGCUCAAGUUCACUCCCUGGUUCAAACUUAUCUGCGACACGAUGCUGUACGAGUGGUGGAGCAACUUGGACGGCGACCUCGCACAGUUCACCAACAACGAUAUAGUGAGGAUGUGA